CAAUCCUCGAUAAUCCCACAGGAGUUCUCACCAUUUGAUCCCAACGAGCCAGCUAUACCCAAAGAGAUUAACUACCGCGGACAUACUGUUGUUGGUUUUGAUCUUCGCGGGACCGAUAUGUUAUGCUUACCACAGGUCUAUGAGUUAUUCCUGAAAAAUAUGGUUGGCGGAUUACAUACGGUUUAUACUAAGCUCAAGCGUCUUGAAAUAACGCCGAUCAUCUGUAAUGUUGAACAGGUUCGAGCUCUACGCAGCAAAAAUGCCAUACAACCUGGAGUGAAUCGUUGCAAGCUCAUCGCAGCUACGGAUUUUGAUCGCCUUUAUGAUGACUGCACCAAUACUUGCACUCGUCCCGGUCGCCCUCCAAAGCGCGUUUCAGCCGUAGAAGAAUGGGCUGCGAAACGUGAAAAGUUUGAAGAUCAACAUCAGCCGUGCAGCGGCGAUGCGGAGCAGUUUGGAGGAGCGCCAUGCGCUUCGCCGCUAAAUCCAUUGUUUCUUGGACAGUUCUUGCCACAAUUCAGCGCACAACAGCUUCUGGUUCAACAUAUGAUGGCGCUCGCAGCAGCACAGAAACAGUCCGACUUGUGA